AUGGAGGCUCCCGAGCGCGAUGCUCCGCCGCAGGAGCCCAACAACACUUCGAGCGCCCUGCCGCCAAACCCACCAAGCAUUGAGGCCGCUUACAAGCAGAAAUGCAUCGACCUGAAGAAGCGACUUCAGGAAAUCGAGGCCCACAAUGACAUGUUGCGAAUUAGAAACGAACGGGGCCGUAGAUAUGUGCAAAAGAUGCGACUCGAGAGUUGUAUUCUUCUUGAACGCUUGGGCCUUCUUACUGGAAUGAUAGAUGAGAACGGGCCUAACCCUGAAAUGCGUGCUCGUGCGAUGGCUGCUAUGGACCAGGCUGGUUCUGUUCUUGACGAUCAUGAUGAGGGUCUAUUGGAACGCCCUUCGGGCUCGAAGCGCGUCCAUGAUGAAGACGAAUAUCUGGAUGACGAAAGUGUUGGGAGUGAAGAUGAUAAACCUCCGACUCCUGAGGAUCGUCCCGUUCGCAGCAAGAAGAAUCGCAAGACUGAAGACCAUGCUAAGACUCAUGGAGCGGAGGACAACAAUGCCGACUCUGUUAGCUCUUCCCUUCCCACCCUUAUGCCUGCUCCUGUGCCACACACCCCUGCGACUGCAUAUCACCAGCCCGGACUCUCCUCACAGAACCCUUUUUUGACUCAUAUUACCUCCAACCCGGUUGCUUCAACGGCCAUGGACGUGGAUCGAUCAGCUGGACUUGCUACUUCACCCCUUGAUUCGGCUAGCGAUUCGCGCAACCACUAUAUUGGCAGCAGUUCUACUCCAAUUGCAUCGGCCCAGGAGCAGCAUCGUUAUGUUUCCGCAUUUGAGGAUUUCACUAAUCGAAACAGAAGCAAGAUAGCUAGCGUCGUUUACCGCAUGCGCGGGCCUCAAGUGACCGACGAAGAUAUUGAUCGCGCUGUUAUCGAACACUGGGAAGAUUUGAAUCCUGAAGAGAAACGUGAAUACGGUGACCGUCUCGGAAAAAGAACUGGCUUGUGA